AUAUGUCAAUGCAUUUGACAGCUGUUUACAAUUUCUCCAUGCGUUUGUCGAGCCCACCGUUGUGUUGCAGGACAAGACUAACAACCUGUUUCAUAUAGUUCAUCUUUAGUUGCACGCCGUGGCAGUUUAUUUGGAAGAUGUCUCGUGCGGGUUUGAGCUGCCCGGGCUGCGGCUCCUCAAACAUUGUAGACGAUCAUCUUUACUGUCAGAGCCAGCUGGUGUGUGUGGACUGCGGCUCUGUGGUGUCCGAAGGAGCUCUGGUCGCCGCCGAUGACCACGUCGGAGGUUCAGAUGUCAGCUACAGCCGAUCCACUGCUGUGGCCAAAAAGCCAUGUAUGAACCUAAUAAAAGGUAUACAGCGUGUGAAAGCCAUAUGUCGGAUUCUCAGGGUCAACAGUGGGAUUGAGGAUCUCUCGCAGACCUAUUACAACCUGGCCUAUCAGCAUGAAAGUUUCAUCAGAGUGAGCCUCCAGAAGAAAGAGGUUCUCGCUGGUUGCUGUGUGCUUGUAUGCUGCAGACUGCUAAAUUGGCCGAUUACCAUGGGAACCAUCAGCUGUCUGCUGGAUGCCGACCCAAUGGUGGUGGGAAUGGUUUACCAAGAGAUGGUCAAGAUUCUCAACAUUGAGCCUCCGAUCAUCAACGUCACAGAAGUGGUGGAGGCCCACAGUCUGGAGUACAAAUUAAGCUCAGUUCAUGUUCCUGAAGAAUAUGCCGAAAACUCUAAGGACUUGACUAAACGUGCCGUGGCCCUGGUGGAGCUGGCAGCAGAUUCCUGGAUAGUGACUGGCCGUAAGCCCAUCCCCGUCAUGAUGGCUGCGAUCUAUCUGUCCUGGCAGUCCUUAAAACCCAACAAGCAUCGCCUGAAAUGCUCUCUGGAAAAAUUCUGUCAGAUUGCCAAAGUGAAUAAGCACAGGCCUGCUUCCAAGAGAAUAACUGAGAUGAAGAAGGUGCUGUGUAAGCUCGGUAAAGAGAUUCCCUGGGUCAGGGAAGCGGUGACGCCAGACAAUGUUGUUCGGCAGGUGGAGGAUAUUCUAAAGCACAGGUACGCCCUGCUUAGGAGGGCUCUGAGAACCCACGAGGAAGUUCUGCUGGCAGAGUGUCAAGCCAGCUGUGAGGACUCUCUAACUGAGGAGACUGCCCCCACUCAAAGCUCUGAGCUUGUAGAGCAGAAUCCAAAUGCAUCCUCUGUGGAACAAUGUGAACUGAAUGCUGAAAGGGCCCAGCGACCAGGAGAUGGAGAUGAUAAUCCAUGCACAGUGUCUGAGCUGCACACUGACAUCCAAGAGAGCCAAGAUCCAACCCCAAACUGGGGGAAGAGAGUGCUGUUUGCUCCCCCGUGUGUGACUCAUCCUAGGAAGAAAAGGAGAGUGGAGCAGCCUGAGCUCAAGGAUGUAACCGGUGACGAGGAAAUCUCUGACAGUGAAAUUGACUCAUACAUCCGCACUCCUCAGGAAGCUCGAGAGUUUACUCUGACACAGCAGCUGUUUUAUGAGAGUGAGAAGUCAUAACCGGACUAUUCCAAUAAAGAUGCAGGUAUUUUUAAUUUCUAUAAGAUUUGGUUCAUUAAGGAGAUUGAUGACCACCACAUGAUGUGCAAUCUGUGAAAAGUGCAGUAUGAUGAUCUCCACUUUACAAACUGUGAAAUGCUUUUCUUUUAAAGGAAAUAUAAGAAUACAUUUAAUUUUAGUUUUCGCACAUCAUCCACACCACAUAUGAAAGUGCCUGAUAUGAGAGAAUUACCUGGUUAUCAACUCUGAGGACACUGCUUCCUCCCCCCUCUGAGCUUAUAGAGCAGAAUCCAAAUGCAUCCUCUGUGGAAUAAUGUGAACUGAAUGCUGAACAUCACACAUCACAUCUGUGUGAUGUCGGGGGACAUUUUCUUUGAUUUUGCACAUUAAGAUGAACUUUCAUUCAAAUAGGCCUUUUUCACAAAGGACAUUUUGACAUGUCACAGUAAGUAAAGCACAGAUGUAAAGUACUUUGUAAUUACUGAUGGCUGAAUUCCAUUUAGCUGCUUCAGUUUCAUGGUCCUGGUAUUGGGCAUGCUGGCUCAAUUCACUGUGUUAUGGCUUACUGGGAGAUUUGAAUAGGACAGAGCCAUUGUUAAUGUUGUAACACUGGUGCUCUUCCUGCUAUUACUAAUCAAGACGUCUGCUGCCAAAAAGGUCUAUUUUGCCAAUGAAGCCUUCAUUGUCUUGAGAACACCAACCUGGUUAUUCUUAUGGUUCACGACUUGAAAAGGUUCAAAUUCAGCCUCUGUAUGUAAAGAACGUAGAGGAUAAUACUUUGUAUAUGCAGCUGACAGCAUUCAGGCCCAUAUAAAAUACUAAAACACCUAAUGUUUUGCAGCCUUACUUUUUUGAUCAGAAAUUCAAAUGUCAUGAACAAAAACAGAAUUGUGCCUACUUGUGCCUAAAUUUCACUGUGUGAAUAACUAGAAUGCAUAUCAUUCAACUGCAGGAAAUUUACGUCAUUGUUGUCAAGCACGCUGAAACAAUCAAUAAAUUCUCACAUUGUUUCAA